AUCCCUCCCCGCAGUUCCAUCACCCAACAUGGCUCUCGUGUCUUAUUCGGAUUCCGAAGCAUCAGAUUCAGAGCCUGAGAAUGUGACACAACCAUCCGAUAAGAAAAUCACCCCAGUCCCAGGGCCCCCGGCAGCCAAUCCUCCCAAGCCCACCACGACCCCCGGUGGUGCCAACUUCCAGUCCAUCGUCGAUCGCAGUAACCCGCGCAAGAUUCGCGUCGCUCUCCCUGAAAUCAAACCCGAAACCUCUACAGAUGGUGACCAAGGCGACCAAGGCGAAGAUGGCCCAGCACGGAAAAAGGCCAAGAUAGGUGGUGGCGGAGGUGCAUUUUCUGGAUUCAAUUCGUUUUUACCGGCUCCUAAGCGGAAUAAUGCCACUGCGGACCAGGCCAAAAAGCCAUCUGGGCCUGCGCGCAAAGUUUUCAAUCUGAAAACAGGGGCUGGACCUGGGUUUGACCGUGAUGCAGAUGCGGAGAUGCGGCAGGACCAGGCUUUUGCGGAGGUUGAUAAUGAAACUAUCCCCAAGGCUGGAAGUCUUCAGAAAGAGCCUGCCGGGACAGGAAGUGUGAUGGAAAAGAAAGAUGGAGAAACCAAAUUGAAAGGGAAUCCGAUGAUGUUUAAACCGUUAUCCGUGGGACGUCCGCAGAAGAAAAAGCAGCCGCCCAAGACUACGCCUCCUGUGCCCACACCAGUCGAGUCGAAGGAACCAUCACAGCCGCCCAAGGAGCACGUUGCUGCUCAGCCUGCUGCUCCUCCAGCUCCAGCUCCUCCUGCACCGAAGCCCAAGAUUAGUCUUUUCUCCUUGGCGAAAGAAGAAGAGCCCAGCACAACCGAUGCUUCAACCCAAGGAACAACUUACGAGCCCUUGGUAUACAGUACCCCGGCUGAAGCUCCACCAGCCGGUCCUCAACCAGAUCCUGAAGCCGCGUCCAUUCCCUCACAACAAACAGCAGGGUCGUCUCAAACCCUCGGUAACAUUGCUGAUGAUCUGAACCUCUCGCGCGCCGAACGACGUCACCUGUUUGGCCGCAAUGCCGACUCUCAAUCUCAAGUCCUCCAUUUCAACACAGAUGCAGAAUACGUUUCGAAUCAACAAGCGGCACGUCAAACCGAUCUGGCUGCUGCUCAGCACAACCCAGUCCGGGCAAUUGCGCCAGGCAAGCACACCUUGCAACAGCUGGUCAAUGCUGCAAGCACCCAGAAAGACGCCUUGGAGGAAAGCUUUGCAACUGGACGGAGAAACAAGAAAGAAGCUGGUUCCAAGUAUGGAUGGUGAAGAGUGUUGUGUUGUCAAUUUGUUUUCGCUUUUAACGUACAAUUUACUCUGGAUACCAACGUUUGUAUAAUUAAAUUGGCAUUUUAAAAGAUGGAGUUUCUAAUAAUGAACCUUUAUGAUCGUCUGAUUCGAAAG